AAAUCUGGCAUGACCUAUUACCAUCAUUUCUUGUUAUCAAAAUAUCAUAAAAUGAAACCCACAAAUCCUGUCAAGCCAGUUGAAGAUGAUGAUGAGCCCGAUGAAUGGGAUCAGCGGAUAUUGAAUACUGGGUGUCAUGAAGAAAAUCUCAAAUUGCAAUUAUGUCACGCUGAUUCAGGUGAUUGGCGGAAAUGUUUGAAUGAAAUGAAGGCUUUCAAAGAAUGUUGGGAUGCCAAUAAGAACAAUGAAAGAACCCUGACAGUUAACAAUUAGAAUAAUAGUAGAAAUUGAUUGUAUAUGUAAAUAGUUCAAAUUGAUUAGUAUAUGUAAAUAGUUCAAAAAGCAAAAUAAUAUGGAAUUUUCAUUGUA